UCAAGUAAUGCGUACAAUCUGUUUCCUCGAAGUUCGUUUUACUAAAGACGCUCAGGGGUAAUUAACCAGUUGCUGUUUCAUACCGGAGCUAUUUUGUAGAGGACCCACGGGGAACGUCGAAAGUGGUUCGAUUUUUAUCAACGCAGUAGCUAAGGACCAGGAUUUACAAAGUGUUUUUCGCUAUAACUUGUUAAAAUGGCUGCACCAGGUCCCAAUAAGGACAACAUCAGAGCUGGCUGCAAGAAAUGUGGUUACCCUGGCCACCUGACAUUCGAGUGUCGUAACUUUGUUCGUGUGGACCCCCGAAAAGACAUUGUCCUGGACGUCAGCAGCACAAGCAGUGAGGAGAGUUCGGAGGACGAGCCAGAACAUCUGAGUAACGAUAAGCUAGGCAGAGGAGGAAAAGACUCAAAAGGUUCCCAUGAGGACUCCCGAAAAGCAAAACACAAGAGGAGGAAAAGUAAAGAUAGAAAGUCUGACAGAAAGAGGUCUUAUUCAUCAAGUGAUGAUGAGGAGAGCAAGAAGAGAAAAAAACACAAACUCCACAAGAAAAAAGGCAAAAAGGAAAAGAAAGAAAAAAAGCAACGUCAUCAUAAGAAAAAGCAGAAGAAGAAACAUGAAUCGUCAUCGUCUGACAGCUCCACUGGAACCUCUGACACUGAUUGAGAAUAUUGAAUGUUAAAGGACAGAUUUUCUGAGUUUUCUCACCUGUCCUUCUACAGAGGACAUAAACUAAGACAACAUUUUAGUUUAACACACUUUACUAUGAUAAUUUUCCUUUUGCUUUAAAAUGUAUAUAUUCUAUGUUUUAUGUCCUAUGGAAAGUUGUAGGUGCAGAUACUGAUUAUAUCGUACCUUCGUGUUUCACAAAUUCCAGGGUCAUUAAUAAUGCUGGUUAAAAUUUGCCUCUGCUACAAAUGAAAUAAUGGACCCACAUUAACUGUUACUUGUGUGACUGGUAAUGGCUGAAGUUUAUUUUUGAUUGAGUUUUUAAUUAAAGGUAAUUCUAUAGAUAGGAAGCCUGUAGAUUAUCUGAUUCAUUAGCAAAACACCUGAAAUUUCCAAGUGUUCAUCUUUGUAGGUAGCAGAAUUUGAAAGGCAUAUUUUAUAAGCACGUCCUUUCUGUAUUUUCCAUUUGUAGGAAGGCCGGGGGUAAUGCUUCCUGAUUUUAAUAUCAUCGUUUUUGUAGAAAACUGUAAUAAAAUAUUAUUACAUU